AAAAAAAAUACGAUUGAAAGUCGUCGAAAGAUUUUUUUGUAAUCAGGUUGUAUGUAGAUUGUAUUCAGUAUGAAGCAGAAAUCAUUUAAUAUUUUUUUGGUUUGUUUUUUAAGCUGUGUGUUUGGAGGUUUAAUAUAUGAAGCUUGCAAAGACAAUGUACCUAGUCAAGCAUGCUUCAAUUGUACAGACCCUGUUAUGAAUCAAUUUUGCCAAUCAACAUGCAAUACUUGUGUUAACAUAAAUGGUACAAAUAAAUCUGUUAGUGCAACCAGCAUUCCUUUUGGUCAACCUAAAUCUGGCCUAAAAUAUUUAAUUAUUUACAAUGAUUCUCAAAACUGCUUUUUGGAUGUGCGCAUCAGUGAUUAUAAUAUUUACUGUAAUUCAACCAAUUGGACUGAGUUUUAUCUAGUGGAUGUACCAUCAACAAUAUCUCUGCCAUCAACUGAAAUAUUAUUUCAAGGAGCAGUUUCUUUUCAAUCUGUCAAAGAUAACAAGUAUCUACGACAUAGAAGUAUGGUUAUUAGACUUGACAAUUUUUCACCAACAGAUUACGCUGGUGAUAGAUCAUAUUAUAUCCAUCAAAAGGAUUUAUCUUUUUCAAUACAGUCCGCACAUCCAAAUUACCUUUCACAUUUUAUUGGAAAAAAUGGGUAUAAUUUUGAAAUAUUGCAAAAUGCACUUGUUUCAGAUUUUACUCUUGUUGCAACUGGUUUGAUGAUUAAAAAGAUUGAAAGCAUCAACAAAUAUUCUGUUAAUAUUACAAUAAUCUUAUCUGUUCCAGUUUGGAAUUCAACGGCAGAUUUUAAAAUUAAAUGCAAAAAUCCAAAUGAUGUCAAUUUAUAUUUAAAACAACAAAAUUUAUAUCUAAAACCUGUUAUAAACUACAUAACUGAUAUUUCUUCACUCCAAAGUUACACAUGGUAUAAAUUUUCUGCAGGUGUAAAAAAUGAAUUUGGUUUCUAUGUUUAUGGGCAAGUAUUUUCCUAUCGAACAGAUGAAGAUGUUCCAGCUGGAUACCCACGCAAUUUUACUGUUAAAAUAGUCAACUUUACAACUUUAUUUUUAUCGUGGGCUGAAGUUGAAAGUUUAAUGAGAAAAGGAAUUAUAUUAAACUAUAUUUAUUCAUGUAACAACACUGAAGAUAGUUUAUCAAACAAAGUUGACAACAGUACAUUUAAUGUAACAGUGUAUAAUUUAAAUCCAGAUACAAUUUAUCACUGUUCUGUUGCAGCAUGUACCAGAGUUGGCUGUGGUGUGCAGGCAUUUGUUUUUAAUAUCACAUUAGCUGGAAUUCCUAGUGGUCCUCCACUCAAUUUUGUGGUUGCACCUUUCAGUUUUUCAUCUUUAUUAUUAUCAUGGGAUGAAGUUGAAUAUUUUAAAAGAAAUGGAACUAUUAUUUCUUAUAAAUACUCAUGUAGCAAUGAAAUAAAUACCUGGUAUGAUGUUGAUAAAAAUACUUUUCAAGUAGUAGUAGACAAUCUAACUUUUAAUACAACCUAUAAUUGCACAAUUAAAGCAUGUACAAGGAUCGGUUGUGGUGUUCAAUCAUCUUUAUUUAAUACAACUUUAAAUGGGUCACCUGAGGAAAGUGCAAACAUUACUUAUAUUCAUUACUUUAACUCAUCAUCAAUCAAUGUCAGUUGGAAUGAUAUUUCUUUUUUGAAAUGGGGCAUACAAAAAAAUCAAUUAUUUUGUUUAGAUAUAGAGAAUAGUUCACAGAUUGUAAAAACAGAAUGUGUUGAAUACGUUGGAAAGCAUAACACUAUAAUUAAUGGACUUGAUCCUUAUACAAACUACACAGUGUUGGUAUAUUGCAAAAAUAAAGCUGGAGUUGGGUUCAAAGACAAUACUAAAAAAAAAUCGGUUUUUACGGAUGAACUGCCUCCAUUGGUUUCUCCUAAAAAUAUAUCAGUUGAUUCAAAUACAAACAGCAUAUUGUUGCAAUGGAAACCUCUUGAUCAAAACGAGUACUAUGGUGUUUUAACAGGUUACAGUAUUAUAGUUAAAGCUGUUUAUUCAGAAUCAGAUUUUAAAAUACAAAGUAAAAGAAAGAGACGUGGUCUUGACAUGCAAAUAUAUAAUGGAAGCUUGCUUUUAGAAUGGCAAACAAAUUUAAGCGAUCCUAAUGCAACAUUCUUCAACAUCACAAGUUUGUUUGGAAAUACAAUUUAUAUAAUCAACAUAUCUGCUAACACAAAAUACCAAGGAAAAUUUAGUUCUGGAGUUCAAAUCAAAACCAAAGAAGGAGUUCCUCUUCUAUCUGCUGUCAAUCUUCAAUGUGAUAUAAUAACUUACUGUUCUAUUUCUAUACGUUGGCAACCAACUCCACCUGGUUACCUUCAAGGUAUACUUAUAGGCUAUACAUUGUCCUAUCAAAAAGUUGAUACGGAAGAAAUUCAAUAUGAAUCUUUAAAUGCAGAGUCCACAAGUUAUAAUGUAAUCAAAUUAGAUGCAUUUACUAAUUAUAACAUAGUGUUGAUAGCUUUGACUAAAGAUGGCGGUGGGAAAAAUUCACAGUUAACAUGCAAAACUGAUGAUGCAGUACCUAUACAACCCCCUACUGGUUUAGCAGCCACAUCAUAUUACUACCCAGAUAAAACAAAUGUUUCAUGGAUCCACAUAAAUCAAAGUGAUUGGAGAGGAAGACCUCUUGGUUACACUAUAGCAUACAAGCUUCUUAAACAAGGAGAUGUAGACAUUCCUAAUCAACCUUGGGUAAUGAUCAAUAUAACUUAUACAAACCUAUCCAUGUACCAACUUCAGAACCUACAACUAUAUUCUCAGUAUUCUCUUAAAAUAGCUGGUUACAAUAAGAAAGGUAUUGGAUCAUUUAGUGGUGUUAUUAAUUUUGAUACAUGUCAUAUCUUAAAUCCUGUUGUUGAAAUAAAUUACAUUUCAAUACCACCAUUUGCGAAUCCAAAUAAUUCCUCACAAUUUCCACCUGAAGGUAUAAUGAUUGCACCAACAGAGCAUUCAUUGAAACAAUGUGCUGGUAUUUGUUCCUCUUUUUCUGAAAAUAUUUCUUUUGUUUAUACAAAAGUGCAAAAAACUAGUUUAGAGUUUGUAAAAAUGAGUUCAGAUAAAAUCAAACUUCCUGUCACUGUACCUGUACAAGUUUAUAAUAGUUCUUAUUCAUCAACAGUACAGCUUUCAGGUUUUGUAUUUUUGUUUAUUCCAAGUAAUACAUCUGUCCAGUUAGCUGAAAAUGAAAAAUUAGUUUUUAAAAAUACUGCAAGUAGUUUGGCAACCCUUGUAAUCUACAUUUUGUUAAAUUGUUUGUUUGGUGUCAUCUUGUUUUAUUGUCAAUAUCAAAAUUCCCAAACAAAAAGUCAUUGUUUUACUUUGAGUGGUAUAUUUGAAGAAAUAUACUUUUCUAUUAUUACUAUUACGACUGUUGGUUAUGGUGAUAAGAUUCCUUUAACAUUUUGUGGCAGAGUGUCAUUAAUAGUUUGGACAUUUAUGGGUAUUGUCUUAACUUCAAUAUGUGUUGGAAAUAUAAUUUCAGCUCUGACAGUUGAUGUUGUUAGUUCAGUCAUUGAUUUAUAUCCAAAAUAUACUGUUAUUGCAAAAUUAGGAUCGCCUGAGUAUCUAUGGGCUAAUAAGAUAUCAUCAAUAAAUCUUAUUAAAGAUAAGAACUUCUCAAGUCAUUUAGAUGUUUUAGAUGGGCUAAGAGCAGGUCAAGCAAAGUAUGCUGUUUUUGAUCAAUACACGAUUGAAGCUUAUCGAGUUGUUAUGAUGCAAUUUAACAUAAAAGUUGCAAAAGUUUUUAAUACUGAUAAUUCUUAUUAUGGAGUGUCAUUGGGUGGAAAUUAUUCUCUACUUCAAUCUUGCAUGAAUGGUUUAUUAAAAAACAGCUCGGCUAUGGUUGCUUCUGCAAUGCAUGAUUUUAAAAUUGAUGUUAUGCAACAAACCAACUCAACAAAUUUGAAGUUGAAUAAAACUCAAGUUCAACUUUUUAGUAUUCAAUCACCAAUCUUUAAGAUGAUGCUGAGUGGCAUGGCAUAUGUUCUACUAAGUCUUUUGAUUGCUGGUAGUGUAUAUGAAAUUUUAAGAAUAAAGUGGAUUAAAAAACCUCGAGUUGCACCCAGUUUAGAUAAAAAGGUUGCAUACUUGCAAGAAAUGAAAAAUCUUUCUCAAGAAUAUCUAAUUGAAUUUCAUAAUAUGGUUGAAAGGCUGCAGAUAAAAACUGAUAUACUUCUUUAUAAACACGCUGAACAAAGAUAUAAAUUGAGAAAUAAAUUUUCUAAGUUAUACGGGGUAAACUUCAAAUAUGUAGCCCUAAACGAUCUUGGCGUGUCCUUGGAACAGAUUGCUGAGUUUAGAGAGGAAAUUAAGCGUCGCCCGAAGAAAACUUGUUGGCAAAGAUUUUUGGAGUACGCAGUGAAGAAACUGUCGUGGUUGCGCAUCAAGAUUUUUAAAUAGUCAACAAAAAAAAAAAUUAUUUUUAACAGUUUUCUUGUUCUGCAGGGAUCAGUGCUUUUUUUAGUU